AUGCUGAGCCGCUGUCUGCAGCUAGCCAACUUCGAAACCGCAUCCCUGGACAUAAAGCACUGGGAUCCCUUCACCGAACGUCGUUUGUGCAAAAGGUUGAGGAAACCAGCAUGCAAUGGUAACCCACUGGAUCUACUAUCUCCCGCUGGCAUGGCGCUGCUUAUGGCUGCAAUUUUGCAGGGCAAAGAUGAGAAGUUGGUGGUGGCUUUUGGGCUCGUAUGUUCAUCCUUUGUGAUGAUAUCACGUGGCUCAACCCAUCGACACUUUUUCCUUCCUGAGGGGGAUUUGACUGCACAGUCAGUGAAAGCAGGAAACUGUCUUGCUGCAAGGACAUUUCUGCUGAUGCAGCUGAUUGCUGCCAAAGGUGGUGUUUGGGUUUUGGAACAGCCCUCCUCUUCGAUUGUGUUUCGCAUGAAGAGGUUCCAAGAACUGCUUGGCAAACAAAGAGUAUUCAAACAGUCGUUUUGGAUGAGGGGCUUUGGCAGCAAGACGCCCAAACGAACAACUAUAUGGUCAAAUUCUUCAGCAGUCCGUUUCUUUACAACGAGCAAAAAAGCACGCAAAGUUGUGGGUCGAAAGUUUGCUGAUACCUACAUGGAUUCAAAAGGCCGUAAAAGGUUUAAGGGAAAUGGCAACCUUCAAAAAUCUCAGGAGUACCCGGUUGGCUUUGGAGUUCGAUUUGCACAGACCAUGAAGAAACUCAGAAAAGAACGGUCUCCUCUUUUACGUCAAUGCUAUGCUCCGCAGCCGGAACACAUCCUGGGCAUCCACGUGUCACCCAUCAAAGGCUUCAAUGAUUUGUGGGAUGAUGCCAAAAUGGAAGAAGUCAUCCGCUACCUAGUGGGAUCGUACUCCCUUAACUUGCCAGAAUGCUGGCAUGGAUGCCUUCCCGAAUACUGCCUUUAG